AUGGGUUACCACAUCGACGGGCUGAAAUUCGCGGGUGGCAGUUUCAGCCUCAUGCCUGAGGCUUCCUUGAGGGAAAUGAUUGAUUUGGCUCAUCAGCAUGGCGUCUACGCCAGUACCGGAGGCUGGAUGGAGCAUAUCCUUACCCAGUCAAACACCAUUGAUGCCGUCGACAGAUAUAUCAUGAAGAUAAAAGAUCUCGGAUUUGAUGUCCUCGAAUGCAGCACAGGCUUCCUGUCCAUCCCCUCUGAAGAUUUCAUUCGCCUCGUCGACAAGGUGCAGUCUGCUGGUCUCAAGGCCAAGCCAGAGCUCGGCAUCCAAUUUGGCGCCGGCGGCGAUACUGCGGCCGAAGAUCUCGAAGCAACCGGCACAUCCGACCCUAGUAAGGUUGUCAACCUGGCCAAGCGCUUCGUGAACGAGCUUGGCGUUGAGCGAAUCAUGAUUGAGAGCGAAGGCAUCACGGAGAAUGUCAAGAGCUGGCGAACGGACGUCAUUCAAGCCAUCAUGCGAGACGUGCCGUCGGAGAACUUGAUGUUCGAAGCAGCGGACCCACCUGUGUUCAACUGGUACAUCAGAGAAUUUGGUAACUCGGUCAAUCUAUUCGUCGACCACUCUCAGAUCGUCCAAUUGAGCUGCUUAAGAUCCGGGAUUUGGGGCAUGGCUGAUACGUUUGGAAAGAUCGUGAGCUAUCCACAAUCCGGGAGCAGUGGUGUGAUGAGCUGA